AUGGUCCCACUGCUCUCAUUGUUGCCUCAAUCCGAAGGGCCCAACAUCUGCUCGGUCCUCAUAGCAACCUUGCAUCAUGGUCCGCAUCUCGGUAUUCCCACCCUGUCUCCCCUAGCUCCUGCAUACCCCAGCCUGUUGCCGGUCCAAGUCAAACACGAGGAGACACCGAUCUCCCUACAGACCCUGUGCCAGAGCCAGAGCCUGUGGAGAGUGAAGAAGGAGUCUUGGAGCCCGAGUCUGCUGUUCUUAGUCGGGCCGCAUCACCAACUGCACUCCCCUCCAUGUCUGCAGUCCCUGACAUACGUAGCUCUGCCGCCCCAGUUCCUUCAGUGCCUCCAUCACUGUCGCCAUCACGAGGCUGCUCUUCGCAUCAGUCCUCAUGAGGUCAACACGACACUUACAAGCAUUGAGCUCAAAGUGCAGGUCGCCUUGAGCCUCCUUGAUGGUGAUGCUUGCACAUGGGCCACCCCGCUCUUUGCCCAGCUCGUAUCAGUUCAAAUUGGUGCCCGUGGAGCCACAACACCCUUCACCAAUGAAGCAGCCUUCGCCACAGCAUUUCAGGCUCACUUCGGCAACCUCGAUGAUGAGACAGCGGCUCAGGUAGAACUUGCGAAACUCUGUGCUGACAAGUCAAUGCAUGAAAAGUGUACCGCUGCGGAGUUCUCUAUGCUAUUCAAGGGUCUGGCAGACCAUUCUGGGUAUGGUGACCUGGAAUUCCGCGACAAGUACCUGAGUGGCAUCCUUUCUCAUGUCUACCGCAAAAUCGAGCUCGAAACAUUCACUACAUGGGAAGACACUGACAAGUGCACCACGGCACUCGAGGAGGCAGAUGCAGAGGGACACGUGGUGGUCCCCCCGGUUGCAAAAUGCUUUGGCCAGCAUCAACGCAGCCGUCGGAAAAGGAGACUUCCCCAGCAGUUGCUUUGGCUGCGGGAAGCAAGGGUAUCGUCAUUUCAAGUGCCCCAACUGUAA